CAGAAUUCACACUUCCCAAUUAUUUUUAGAAAUCCCAUGAGUUAAACCGCCAUUUGACAUUUGUAUUUGCCAUUAUCGUAACGCGAGUGAUUUAUAAACAGCUGGUUUUAUCAAAUUCCAUUACAAAUCUAAAGAUAGGCAUAACGGAGAAAUAUUCGAAGCGGAUUUUUUUUACAUUUUAACCUCACGCAGUAUCCUGCAGUUUAAAGCUGGAGACAUAAGAUUUGCGUCUGUUACAGUAGGAUUAUGGAGGUCACACUAACAACAAAUAUAUGCUAAUGGCUGCAGUAAUCGCUCAUUUGAGAUAUAUGGUGCUUAAAAUGAACGAGACAAGCCAGGAAGCUCAUAUUGGCUCAACAAGUCUUGCACCACCCAAACGAAAGCGUGGCCGGCCUCGUAAAACCCACCUUCUGUGUUCUGGUGGGGAGACUUCUGUACAGCAACAACUGGAGAUCAAGAAAAAGGCAAAACGAAAGAAAUUAGAUGCUUCAUUAUCAUCGUUUGCGGAAAAUACUUUUGUGGGCCAGGAAGUUCAUGGCAUGUUGGAUGGUUCAUUUGAUGCUGGCUACUUACUUACAGUUCGAGUGGGAGACACGGACACUGUCUUGCGAGGUGUUGUAUUUGAGCCAGGAUUGUCAGUUCCUGUAUCUCAAGCAAAUGACAUUGCCCCAAAUGUUAAGAUGACAAGGAGAGAUGAGAAUACUGUGGCAAUUUCAUCCACUUCCGUUCCUUUCUUGACAGCUCCUGUUCUGAAUUCACCAGGAACAACAUCUGUUUCCAUACCACAGCAAACUAGACCUCCUGUAGCAGUUGGCGCAGAGCAACUAGGUGUUGUUUCACUUCAACCAAAUGGAAGCCCACUGAAUUCUGUACUUCAGAGCCAUGCCAAUCAGGAUUCUGCUCCAAAAUUGCCCGAGCCUGUCUCUCAAUUGCAGCAGUUCAUCCCCUGUUCUGUUAAAUCUGUAACUUACUUACCGCAGCCAGUCCCUAGCCCUUCUGAUCCUGCUUGUCACUUACAGAAGUCAAUCCAGAUCCCUGUUGCUCCUGUUCCUCAACAGAAUAAGGCAACACUUUUUCCUGCUGAGCCCUCCUCUCAUCAGUCGAAGCCAAUCCUCCCUCCUUGUGCUGAAACUACAUCUCAGCCACAGCAACCAAUUGCUGAUCCUCCAGAACCUGUCGGAUUGCAAAUGAAUGUUAAGGAGAAUCAGCCACAUACAUAGAGAGAAGUUCUACAUUUGUUCUGUUUGCUAGCGAUCGAACUGUUGACCUAUAGCUUUUUUUGGAAUGGCUACUUCACAUGUGAACAUGGUCAUUCUAUCAAGCAUUAGACGUGCCUGUUAAUUUUUUACUUUUCAGUUGGACUAAAGAACAUAUUCUGCAAAUUGACUCUUGUUUUCAAGCUUGAGUGGUUGUCUACCUGUAUGGGAUUAUGUUGUACCAUUUAAGGUGUCACUACAUAAAGUACAAUUGUUGUCUCUCUA